AUGCUAGCCCUCUUGCUUUUUCUAUUGGCUCACGCGUCCGCCGUGUACAUCGGCUGGCCCAUGAAUGAACAAUUGCCCAACGUGGCGCGUGUUGACCAACCCUAUCUGUUUACGCUUGCAUCGACAACUUACAAGUCGAAUGCUGGCGGCACCAUUUCCUACUCUGUGAGCGGCUUGCCCCACUGGCUUUCCUUCGACAGCCAGUCUCGCUCGUUUCUGGGCACGCCCUCACUGUCCGAUGUGUCGACAUUUGAAAUCACCUUGAAUGGCACAGACUCCGCCGACAAUUCGGUGAUAUCUCGCAACUACCUGAUGCUUGUAUCCAACAGCACGGGUCUUCGGCUUUCUGCCAACGAUGUUAUGUUUGUGGCUAUUGCGAAAUACGGCCAGACAAACGGUAAGGACGGCCUUGUUGUACGUGAAGGAGAGAACUUCUCCAUCCAGUUCUCUAAAGACGAUUUUCAACUAAACGAUAAUGCUGAAAUGCCUAUUAUAGCUUAUUACGGAAGAUCACUGGAUAGAACUUCCUUGCCUAAUUGGGUGUCCUUCGACGCAGACUCUUUGACCUUUUCUGGAACAGUGCCUAGAGUGACAUCUGAUAUCGCUCCAUCGAUAGAAUACGGCUUCAGCUUCAUUGCCUCUGACUAUUAUGGCUAUACGGGAGCAGAAGGCAUUUUCAAGCUUGUUGUCGGCGCUCAUCAAUUGAGUACUAGUCAGAAUGAAUCCUUGAAAAUCAAUGGUACUUUCGGCUCUGACUUCGACUACCUGGUUCCAAUUUUGUCUUCCGUGUACUUGGACGGCAACUUGAUCACUCGUGAUAACAUUUCAAAUGUCCACCUGGAUGAUUUACCCUCUUAUAUCCACUUUGAUGAUUAUCACUAUUCAUUGACGGGGACCUUUCCAAAUAAGUCUACAUUCGACAAUUUCACUAUUCUGGUUGAAGACGUUUAUGGAAAUGAAGUACAACUUCCUUACUCUUUUGAGUCAAUUGGCUCAGUAUUUACAGUCGACAAAAUUCCUGAUGUUAACGCUACGAGAGGCGACUACUUUCAAUAUCAGUUAAUGCGUUCAUUCUUCACGGAUUUUAAUGAUACCAAGAUCUCCGUAUCGAUUCCGGGGAACUCUACAUGGCUAACCUUCCAUCAAUCAAAUUAUACUCUUUUAGGAACUGUUCCUUCAAAAUUUGAGCUGGCCAUCGUCAAGGUUGAGGCAUCUUCGGACUUUGAUUCUGAGUCCCGCUCAUUUCAAAUCAAGGGCGUGGACAAGAGUUUGCACAAGUCAUCGUCUUCCUCUUCAUACUCGUCUGCAACUGCCACUUCAAGCUCUUCUUCGGAUGCUACAUCGUCGUCCGCCUCAUCAACGACUGCCUCGGCUGCUAUAUCGCAUGGUAAGGACAAAAACAAUAACCACAAGAAGCUUGUAUUGGGUUUGGCAAUCGGAGUGCCCAUUUUCGUUGUGUUAGUUGCGGUGUUACUCAUAUUUUUCUGUUGCUUUGCUCGUAAAAGAAAGGGGAGCUCCGACUCAGAAAAAUCUGUUGAAAAUGAGCCCGAACUCAAUGGUCCAGGUUUUGGCGUUACGCAUAAUUUAGAUGACCAUCAUGAAACCGCUCACCAACUUGGUGCCUUGCAUGCAUUGAAGAUAGACGAUGACGCGGACUCUAUGCUUUCCAGUGUCACACACGUUGACUCAGACCAAGAUAGCCACUAUUAUGACGCUGCUGAAAAGCCCAUGAAAUCAUGGCGAGCUAUGGACGACUCAGACUUGACAGACAUUAAAAAGCAAUUCUUAAUGGAACAGAAGCAUGCAUCUCUCUUUUCGCUGGAUACUGUCAAUACCUCUAAAUUGUUCUCUGUGAGACUAGUGGAUGACAACUCGAGAAGAGAAUCAGACUUAUCACUCGAGAACAGAAUUCUGUUCAAUUCAAAUUCAUCAGGGAAUUUCCAGAGACUUGAUAGUGACGGUAACAUUGUUGAGCACGGAUCUUCUUCACCGGUAAAAAGUAUGACCACAAGACCAACAUCACUUGGAAACAUUAAAGAAGAGGGACAUGAUGAACAUACGGGUGACAGCUUCUACAGCACGGCUAAUGAAUCAUCAAGCUAUAACCUCAUGGCUAAGUUUUUGAAUGGGGGAAGCCGAUCACCGUCGAAUUCUGACAUUGAAGUACAAAAUCAUGAGGAUUCUAGUGAGGAUUUCCAAGCCAUCAAGAAGUCAAUAGGUAAUCUUGAUUGGAAAAACUCUAAAGAUGCGUUGCUUACUUCCCCAAAUACCGAAUCAUUCUUCCUUGACCUGGAGGAUACCCCAAAGAACAAUCAUUCUUUGGCCACAAGCAAUCUUUACGCUCACAAUGCAUCUCGGACGUCCAUUCUUUCCGACUUUUCGGAUUCGAACAUCCUUGAAGCUGGAGGCAGAGACCCAAAAGCAAAACUAGUGAAUUUUACUAGAAAGGCUAGCUUGAAAGAAUCAGCGCAUCAGUCAAAUUUAAACCACCCUGGAGAGACAGCGCAAAUCCAUGAUGGCGACAGCGAAUAA